AUGAUCAUGCACUCAACUAGCCUGUUUACAAAUCCAUACGCAUUUGAAGUCCUAAGGACUAAAAAAGAAGAGCUAGUAGAAGGCAUAAACGACCCAGAGCAUCUUCUGAACCUGCUGAUAGACAAUGGUAUUUUUACCCCAGAAAAAAAGAUCGUCAUGAGUUUCUACAGGACACGAACAGAAAAGAACUCUCGAGUUUUAGACAUACUAAUUUCUCAAGGUGAACGAGCCUGCAGGCUCUUUUUUUAUCCAUGUUUAAAGCAAGUGGAGCCAAAACUUUAUAGCAAGAUAAGAAAAUACAUCAGUGAAGUAAAUGAAAGCAUUGGAGAUGCUAGAAGACAAUUGGUAGGAUAUUUACUCGAAAAAGACAAAAUGUGGUUUGAAAAUAGCGGUGAACGGCAAGAGGAAAAAAAAGACAGUCCUAGAAGAAAAGAGCAAGAAUGGGAUAUUAAGAAGAAAGGAAAAGAAACUCAACUUUCAAGAGCGGCAAAACCUAGAAAAGAUUAUUCUGAUGUUGGCAUCUUUCAUGCAGUUGCUAAAAGCUAUCUUUCUGAGUUAGAGAAAACAUUGAAAGAUAAUGAUAUUAAUGCACUAAACUCUUCAAGUGAAACACUUCUACAUGUUGCAGCCGCUAAUGGACAUCUAACGAUAAUGGAAUAUUUGAUCAGCAAAGGUGCAAAGAUAGAUGUGAAGGACAAGAAAGGAAGAACAGCACUGCACAGGGCUGCUGAGAAAGGCCAUCGUGAUGCAGUGAAAGUGCUUCUCCAAUGCGGUGCUUAUAUGUACAGUUUGGAUAUGGAAGGCAAGACACCACUUCAUUUGGCUGCACAGGAUAACCACAGUCACAUAUUGAAGAUGCUCCUGAAAGAAGAGGCAAGAAGCUACAGGAACCAGCACAACUUUUUGCACAGGGCAGUUCUUAAAGAUGAGAGCAGUCUGGCAAAAAUGCUUUUAAAGGCAGAUGCCUCCACUGAUGGGAAGGAUGAAAGAGGACAGACUGCUCUCAGUUAUGCUGUUUCUCAAGGGUCUGAAAAUACUGCAAAAGUACUGCUAGAAGCCGGAGCCAGAGUUGAUUCCAACAUGGCCAAAAGAGCCUUCAACAGCAACCACCCAUCCAUCUUCAAAAUACUGCUAGAAUAUUCUAAAGAUUUGUCAUCUGACAUAAUGGAGUCAGCUCUUUUUAGAACUGUACAGAAAAAUCUGCAUGGUAUUGUAGCAGCUUUGGUUGACAGAGGUACAGAUAUAAAUGCCUACAAUGAAAUGCAGUACACUCCUCUACUCCUGGCAUGUGAAACAGGCAAAGCUGAAUCAGCAGAAGUUCUAAUCGAAAAGGGAGCAAACUUUGGAAUAAAGACUCCUGCUUCAGACACAGCUUUGCAUUUGGCAGUUCAAGCCGGGGCUGCUUCCAUCGCAAAUCUGCUUCUGCGCAAAGGGAUGGAAGUUAACCUUAUGAACCAAGCCGAUGAAACCCCACUCCAUGUUGCUGCACUUCAUAAUAAAGGAGCAUUAGUUGGCCUUUUAGUUAAUGCUGGGGCCAAAAUUAAUGCUGCCACUAAAGAGUUUGUUACUCCCCUGCAUAUUGCAAGUCGAAGAGGUAACACUGAUGUUGCCCAACAGCUGUUGCACCACAAAGCCAAUGUUAAUGUUAAGGAUAAGCAGUCAAAAUCACCUUUACAUUUUGCUGCUGAAAGGGGAGACAAAACAAUGGUAGAGAUGCUUCUGAACGCUAAUGCUGACCCCAACGCACAAGACAAGGAGAAAAAGACUCCCCUGCACACUGCAGCUGUGAGAGGACAUCUCAGUAUCGUGAAGGUUCUGUUACCUAAAAAAGGAAGAUCUGGAGCUAAGGACAUGGAUGGAUGUACUCCGUUGCACUAUGUGGCCAUCAAAGGAAACACAGAGAUCGUAAAAAUUCUUCUGACAUCAGGGAAAAAUAAAAAUAUUGAUGAUAGAAACAUUUGGAGAAAGACCGCACUGCAUAUUGCAGUGGAAUAUGGACACAGCGACUUGAUAAAUGUAUUACUGAACCACAGGGCAGACAUUAAUGCUUUAGAGAGCAGCAAGGAUACUCCAUUGCCCUGUGCGUGCAAAGCUGGUCAUUUUAAUGCCACAAAUUCCCUCGUAAACUGGUCACAAGGGGAAAAAACAAAUUUACUAGCUGCUAAUAGUCUCAGAAAGACCCCAUUGCAAGUCACAGAAUUUAAUAAAACAGAAAAUCAGGCUCAAAUUGUAACACUUUUGAAGAAGAAAAUGUUAAUAACAAAAUGA